UGAUGAUGGUGGUGAGUCUGUGUCCGGUGCCUCCUGCUGUGCUGUGUGCUCGUCCCUGAGACUGAUGAGUGAUGAGUGCUGCUCAGAGCAUUUAAGCGCCAGGCAUGGCUGUGACUCAGUGGGUUUUCCUCCAUGGACAUCCCUCAGGUUGAUUUAGCUGUACCCAUGAUGAACUUUGACGGUCUCGACGCUGGGAUGGGUGAAUACCCCCCCAGCCUUCACGGGACUCUGGAGGCGGGUAUGGAGCCCUCCAUGGACCCGCACCUCAACCCUAACUUGCUGCAGGGUGUGGAGCUCGAUCCAGAGGGUCUGGCCGUGACGGUUCCAGAGCCAGUGCAUCUCAUGGAGGGGAUGUUUUCUGAGCUCCACAGUGUAGUCUCAGAAGUUGGCAUCCCAGUCACCGCAAUGCAUUUUGAUCUCCAGGAGGAAAUGCUCUGGAUGGGAAACCACAGGGGCCAUGUAACCUCAUUCUUUGGUCCUACAAUGGGCCGGUAUUCUUCUUUCCAAGUGCACGCAACCGAUGACAUCCGACACAUUCAGAGUUUGGAAACAGGCGUGCUGUUCCUCUCUAAGAGCAACCUCAAAUGCUACACUCGCGGGGGCCUUGUCAUGUUUGAUUAUCCGAUGGAGGAAGGAGCUGAUAUGCACAGUCUUCUCAUGACUGAUAACAAUAUGUUGCUCAUGGGUGGAUUACAAAACUAUGUGGUUGAAGUUGACUUGAAUACUGUUCAGGAAACUCAAAAGUUCACUGUUGAGGUACCAGGAGUGGCAAUAAUGCGUCAGACAAGUCGUUUCUUCUUCUGUGGGCACACGUCUGGGAAGGUAACCCUUCGAGACUUGCGCACCUUCAAGAUGGAGCACGAGUUUGAUGCGUUCUCCGGCAGCCUGUCAGACUUUGACGUUCAUGGAAAUCUUCUGGCUGCCUGUGGGUUCUCCAGCCGAGGACUGAACGGGAUGGCGUGUGACCGUUUUCUCAUGGUGUAUGACCUCCGCAUGAUGCGAGCCGUGACUCCACUUCAGGUGCAUGUGGACCCUCUCUUCUUGCGCUUCAUUCCUACCUACACGUCACGCCUGGCAAUCAUCUCACAGACAGGUCAGUGCCAGUUCUGUGAACCCACUGGCCUCGCCAAUAUGGCGGACAUUUUCCACGUCAACACUGUGGGCCAGUUGCUCAUGAGCUUUGACGUCUCAUCCAGCAAACAAGCCUUGGCCUUCGGGGAUUCCGGUGGGUGUGUGCAUCUGUGGUCUGAUGCUCCGGAGGUUUCCUUUAACGACUACUCUCGGGAGACAGAGUUUGCGCUGCCUUGCCUUGUGGACACGCUGCCUCAGCUGGACUGGAACCACGACCUGCUGCCCCUCUCACUCAUUCCCAUGCCACUGACCAGCACUGAGCCGCUGCUGUCAGACUGGCCCACUGCCCUGGCAACACCAAGCCCCAGGCGAGCUCCUCCUGUGGACCCAGAAAUCCUGCGCACAAUGAAAACUGUCGGGUUCAUUGGUUAUGCAGCAAAUCCUCGGACCCGCCCUCGCAACCAGGUUCCUUAUAAAAUUAAAGAUGUGGAGCUCGAUUAUGAUAAUUAUAACCAGGUCCCUGAAUCACCAAUUGGACGUGAUGAGGAGCCACAUCUCUACAUGGUGCCCAAAAAGUUCAGAAAGGUCACAAUUAAAUACUCUAAACUUGGACUGGAGGACUUUGACUUCAAACAUUACAACAGAACCUUGUUUGCCGGGCUGGAGCCUCACAUUCCCAAUGCUUACUGUAACUGCAUGAUCCAGGUAUUAUAUUUCCUGGAGCCAAUCCGAUGUCUAGUGCAGAAUCAUUUGUGCCAGAAGGAGUUCUGUUUGGCCUGUGAGCUCGGCUUCCUCUUCCACAUGUUGGAUUUGUCACGAGGAGACCCAUGUCAGGCCAGUAACUUCCUCCGAGCAUUUCGCACCAUCCCUGAAGCGUCAGCGCUGGGCCUGAUCCUUGCCGACUCGGACGAGCAAACAGGGAAGGCCAGACUCGGUCGCUUAAUCCAAAGCUGGAACCGGUUCAUCCUCACCCAGCUCCACCAGGAGACACAGGAGCAGGAGGGUCCGCAGGCCUACAGGGGAGCCAGCAGCAGCUCUCUGGGCUCCUCUGGUGAGUCUGUCAUUGGAAAAUUGUUUGGAUGUGAAGUUGAGAACAGCAGCCUAUGUCGCUGUGGCAAGGAGACGGUCCGUUCGUCGCUCACGUUGCUCUUCACCAUGCAUUACCCCGAGCAGAAUUCUCAAGAAAAGACAGUGAAGGAGUACGACUUUGCCGAGAUCCUGAAGAAGAGCAUCUGUCUGGAGCAGAGCACUCAGGCGUGGUGUGAAAACUGUGAGAAGUAUCAGCCCACAGUGCAAACACGCAACAUUCGAUGUCUACCAGACGUCCUGGUUAUAAACUGUGAGGUGAACAGCGCUAAAGAGGCUGAAUUCUGGAAGGUUCAGGCGGAGUAUGCCUUCAACAAGGCCAUGCAAAAGGAGGCAAUGGAACCUCCAAAACCUAAGGAACCCCCACCAAUGCCCACAGAGUGGUGUCUGGACGGGGAGGAGAUAUGCAGUAUGGAGGGCUUCACCUUUGACACUCGAGCAGAGGAUCUGCGUCACGUCUGGAUCCCUCUCACUCUCAAGAUGUCCAUCAGCAAAACUCAGGGGCUGGAGAUCAGCAGCUGGCCUGAAGGAGAGGAGUUAAGCGCUGCUGAGGAGGCGGAGGGUGCUUCUCUCUAUGACUUGGUGGUCACGGUGCCCCAUAUCCUGGACGCUCGCACGGGUGGAAACUUGGUUGCACACAUCAAAGUGGGAGAGACCUACCAUCAAAGGAAAGAGGGAGUUACACACCAACAGUGGUACCUUUUCAAUGAUUUCUUAAUUGAGCCAAUUGACAAGGCUGAAGCUGCACAGUUUGACGUGAGCUGGAAAGUGCCAGCCAUUCUGUAUUACGCCAAGAGGAACUACCACACUAAAUACGACCUCCGCAUUAAAAACCCCAUAGAUGCCAGUGUUCUGCUGACAGAGGCUUCGCUGGCUCGGAAGCAGAGGAAGAGUCACGCCACGUUCAUCCCCCUCAUGGUCAGUGAGAUGCCGCAGGCUGGCGACUUGGUGGGGCUGGACGCAGAGUUUGUCACACUCAAUCAGGAAGAGGCAGAACUGCGCAGUGAUGGCACCAAAUCGACCAUCAAGCCCAGUCAGAUGUCUGUGGCCAGGAUCACCUGUGUGAGAGCAGGGCCCAACGAGGGCGUGCCCUUCAUCGAUGACUACAUCUCUACUCAGGAACAGGUGGUCGACUAUCUGACACAAUAUUCUGGCAUCAAACCAGGAGACCUGGAUGCAAAGAUUUCUUCAAAGCAUUUGACCACUCUGAAGUCCACCUACCUAAAGCUGCGCUUCCUUAUCGACACAGGAGUUCGCUUUGUUGGUCACGGCUUACAGAAGGACUUUCGGGUCAUUAAUUUAUUGGUUCUCAAAGACCAAGUCAUUGACACUGUCUACCUGUUCCAUUUGCCCCGCAAGAGGAUGAUUUCUCUGAGAUUUCUCGCCUGGUACUUUUUAGACCUCAACAUCCAGGGGGAAACCCACGACAGCAUAGAGGAUGCACGCACCGCUCUGCAGCUGUACAGGAAGUACCUGGAGCUGAGUCGUGGAGGUGGGAACGACGAAGUGAGGAAGGUCCUGAAGGGACUCUACGAAAAAGGCCGCCAGCUGGACUGGAAAGUCCCCGACUCGGACACAGGAGAUGGUCAAGGUGCUGCUGUGUUUCCCUCUGUGAUGGGGCUGUGAGCUGCACCGUGAUAUCUUCCCCGUGGAAAGGUUUUGACUGAACUCACCCAGUUCAGUUAGUGUCAUAUUUUGUACGUAUUUGCAUUUAUUUUUGCAUUGUGUACAGUGUUAACAGAUCUUUGUUGCCUGCACAGUCCACUGCAGAUCGGUGACUGCACAGUUUUAAUCGUGUCAAAGUUUCUCAGAAACAGGAAAUGAAAUUGUAUUUUAUGAUUUUGGAGCCUUUUUUAUAUAAGAAAAAAAAAUGUAGCUUGUUUUUUGGUGCAUCUACAUAAAUAAAUAAAUACCAUGAACACUG